ACACCCCCGGUCGACCGUUUUGGUCGUGAGUCCAUCCAGCGGGAACAAAGGGUUGAGUUGAAAACUACAGAAAGAAUUUGCUUUUAUCCACCAUCAAUGUCAAAACGACCUUCCUAUGCCCCACCUCCACCCCCUGCCCCCACCACACAAAUGCCUUCCACCCAAGGGUUUGUAGGGUACAACCCUUACAGCCAUCUGGCCUACAACAACCUCCGACUGGGAGGGAGCUCCGGAGGCUCCAGCAGGAACUCCUCAGGCAUCACUGUCCCAAAACCUCCCAAACCGCCAGACAAGCCCCUGAUGCCUUACAUGCGGUACAGCCGGAAGGUAAGCAGGAAGGUGUGGGAUCAAGUGAAGGCAUCCAACCCUGAUCUUAAACUAUGGGAAAUUGGGAAGAUCAUUGGUGGCAUGUGGAGGGACCUGACGGAUGAGGAGAAGCAGGACUAUUUAAACGAGUAUGAGGCUGAAAAGAUCGAGUACAACGACUCGCUGAAGGCCUACCACAACUCUCCUGCCUACCUGGCCUACGUAAAUGCAAAGAACCGAGCUGAAGCAGCCAUGGAAGAGGAAAGCAGGCAGAGACAGAGUCGUAUGGACAAAGGCGAACCAUACAUGAGCAUCCAGCCUGCUGAAGACCCUGACGACUACGAUGAUGGGUUUUCAGUGAAGCACACUGCUGCAGCUCGCUUUCAGCGGAACCAUCGGCUCAUCAGCGACAUCCUCAGUGAGAUUGUGGUGCCAGAUGUUCGUUCUGUAGUUACUACAGCCCGUAUGCAGGUUCUGAAGAGGCAGGUCCAGUCCCUUAUGGUCCAUCAGAGGAAACUGGAGGCAGAACUUCUUCAGAUUGAGGAUCGACAUCAGGAUAAGAAGCGGCGCUUUCUGGAAACCACAGAUUCUUUCAACACAGAGCUGAAAAGACUUUGUAGUCAAAAAGUGGAAGUGGACAUGGAGAAACUGGCAGCAGAGAUGGCAGCAGCCGAAGAGGCAGCCAGGCGUCGGGCCGAGGAAAGAGAGCGAGAAGCGGCAGAGCAGGCGAAUGUAGCUCAGCAUGGAAGUGAGGAGGCAGCAGCAGCUCUGAAUGAUACUGUUGCUAACAUGGGUAGCAACGGCUCUGGGGGCAAAGGAGAGGGAGAGCCCACUGCCAUGGAGAAAGAUGAGAUUCCGGCAGAAAUGUCUUUUGAGGCCCAGUCUGGCACACCGCCAACACCGGACUCCCCAUCAUCUGCACCUAAAGCAGCCACUCCUGAAGUCAGGGAGUCCUCCACUCCCAACAGCGCCGUGCCUGCCGAGGAUGGAACGGCCAGCAAGCAAGCCCCCUCCUCAGAUGGCAAGUCCACAGCAACAAGGCUGGGACCCCCAGUCCCUCAGGUUGAAGACCGUACCAAGUCCACGUCUCCCACCGGUGCCAACCUGGAAGAAGGUACCUCUCCAGCAGCACCUCUGUUGCCCCCAAACCAGGAUUACGAGAUGUAAUUGUUGUGCUGGAAUCUCUGAGGUGAGUUGACCUGAGUUGAGUCCGUGUCAACCCUGGAUGGAUGAUAAAGUAGUCACCAAAGAGCUACACACACUCAUAUCAUUGUUCAAUGGAAUCCUCCGUGGCUUCUGCUGGAUGGGGCUGCCACGUUUUUACUCAUUUUCCUCUCGUCCCAGCUUGAAGGAUCAAUGUGCUAUUAACUUGCAUGCCCCCUGACCGUCAUUCUCCUCACCUCAAACCCACAAGGCUUAGUUGACUUUACUAGGAGUUCCUAUUGUUAGACAUAGAACCUUUUAGAAUCACAAGGGUCUUUUUCUAGUCAUGAGUCAAGUGUGCGUCCGUCUGACGUGUGAAAAUCGCACAAACUUCAAAUGGGAAUUCAUUGCAAAUUGGCGUUUGUCAUGGAAACUAAAUCCGGUGAGGCUGACUCAUGAAUGUUUCCUGCUUGUUUCACGUGGAUUUAACCUCAACACGACUGUUUUCUUACUUGAAUUAGACUACUUCAGUAUGCCUUUCUUUUUUUCCCCUUUGUUUUUAUUGCAAACAAACCUCUCUUUGUAUUGUAUAACGUAUAUCUGAAUAAAGAUACAA